AUGGAGGAGGAGCGGGUGGUGGUCAAGGCGCACGACUUCGACAGCUGGCGAGCGGAGAAGAAGGAGCAGCGCAAGAAGCGCGUCGAUCCGUUUUCCGAGGACUUGUUCCCGACGAUGGAGUCGCCCAAGUUCCAGGUCGUGCUGCAUUUGCAGGGCGAUGCGUUCUCGUGGAUGCCCGAGGUCUUCGCGACGACGCUCGUCCAGCUCCUCGGCGCCGGUGCGCCCGACGACGUCGAGAUCCUCGACAUCGGCUCCGCGACCUUCGACGUGUCGACGAAACUGCCGCGCGCGCUGGCGCUCAAGAUCACGGAGCUCGACAAGGAGGCCCUGCUCGCCUUCGAGCGCAGGCUCUCCGAGACGUACGCGGCGGCGACGGCGGCCGGACCCGCCGCGGCGCCCUCCGUGCCCGAGGCCGCCGGCGCCACCAGCAUGAAGAUGGACUACCUGCGGCUCACGAACGUGCGCACUGACCCCAUCACGCACCCGGGCGGCCUGUCGACGCACGUGCACAGCUUCUAUGGCGCGAGCGAGGCGGCGCCCAGCACCACGUACAAGAAGCUCCGCAAGGCGGCGGGCAACACCGCCAACGUCGAGGAAAACAAGAGCCUCUACUGGCAUCCGACGAUCUACCGCUACGACAAGCGCCGCGGGCGCUUCACGGUCCAGAACACGUCGUACUUCAGUACGUACUACAUCUGGCCCACGGGCGAGACGACGGCCUUCCCGGACGGCUUCAAGAUGAUCGGCGGCGGCGCCGGCACGCUGGCGGAUUCGAGGCCCGAGGCCGACUGCUCGAACCCGGGGCCCUGCCCGGACGGGGACUGCGAGCGGUGGAACGACUUCUUCCCGGCGACGACGUGCGGCGAGCUCGAGAUGUCGAUGCUCAUGCCGUCGUGCUGGGACGGGGCGAACCUGGACAGCGCGGACCAUCGCUCGCACGUGGCGUACCCGAAGCGCGGCGAGGCCGACGGGAAGUGCCCGAAGACGCACCCCGUGCGCCUCCCGCAGAUCGCGGUCUUCACGAGGAUCGCACCGUACCUCGGCGGCGUCCACCUGUUCAGCGACGGGACCGGCUACUUUCACGCGGACUACUUCAGCGGCUGGAAGGCCAAGAAGCUGCAGAAGGUGCUCGACAGGUGCGAGAACGACUUCAUGUUCUCGGCGUCGAACGGCUGGUGCGAGGACCACGUCACGUUCCGGGACGCGCCGAAGGACGAGGAAAUCGAGGACGACGAGCUCCGCGAGAAGCUCGUCCCGCUCCAGCCGCCGGCCUUCGACGCGACGGCCAUCUCCGACGAGGCCGUCGACGACGCCUGGUCCUGGUGGAAGCGCUUCUCGCCCGUCUUGGGCGGCUUCAUGAGCGCCAUGGACUGGAGCAGCGCGACGUUCGGGCCCCACAAUCGCGCCAAAAAGUCGACGAAGCGCGCGUCCUUCGCGAAGCGGGCGAAGAACGCGUCGUGGACGGCCAUGCGGAAGAGGCGCCGCACGCCGUCGGCGCGGGUUUUGACUUUGAGCUGGCCCGUGACGACGGCCGGAUCAAAAGCGACGAGCGGCGUCUCCGGCGCGUCGCCGGGCGCGGCCGUGCCGUCGGCGGGCCACGCGUCGACGAUGCGGUUCAUCUCCGCCUUCAACCGUAACUACGGCUCCGCGAUCGAGGCCGGCGGCCUCGGCCCCUCGGCGCAGUGCUGCUGCGCCGUGCAGUGCUGCCCCUGCUGCGUCGGCGCGCACAACCGGAGCAAGCUCACGGAGAAGUACAACAUCGACGAGCCCAUGCUCAAGUCCGUGUGCGCGCACUGCUGCUGCUCGUGCUGCGCGCUGGUCCAGGACAUGAACCUCAUCCUCGUCAAGGAGAACAAGACCUGGGGCUGCCCCUUCGUCUGGGACCGCGAGAACUCCUUCGUGACGCGCGUCCACGGCGUCGCCUUCGCGACGCCGCACGAUGCCGUCCACAUGCGCGUGCCGGCGGUGUCCGUCGCCCCGCGGCUCGCCCGCGUCUCGAGGCGAUCGUUCGGCUGGCGCUGCGACCUCCGCGACGCGGCGAGCGACGAGCUCCUCGCGACGACGCACGGCACCUUCGUGCACGUCGACACGGAGACCUAUGCGCGCGCCGUCGAGAUGUCGGACGCGAUGCUCGCGGAGCUCCGGCCGCUCGCGACGGGCGAGGAUCGGGCGGACGCGUUGGAGUUCCCGGAUGGCGCGUGGGCGCCCGUGGACUGGACCACGGUCGUGCGCGGGUCCGACGCCGACGACUUCGGCCACGUCAACAACGCCAAGUGGGCCUACCUCGCCGCGGACGCGCUCCGCGCCGCGGGCGACCGGGGGCCGCCGGCGAGCGUCGACGUCGCCUACCUCCGGCCCGCGGUGCCGGGGGACGCGCUAGCGGCGACCAUGGCCGAGAGCGACUGCGGCGCCGCGCGCGUCGCGCUCGAGGCGAGCGACGCCUCGCUCUGCGCGUCGCCGACGGCCUACGCGGCGCGCGACGAGCUCUGCAACGCGCCGACGGCGCCGGCCCUCGGCGGCGCGGACGUCGUCGCUUAUCGGUCGUUGACGUGGUCCGCGGACGACGCCGCGCGCGAGCCCCACGUCCAGGGCGACGCGGCCUUCGCCGCCGCCCACAACGGCUUCACGUUCUGGUUCGCGAGCGCGGCGAACCGCGACGCGUUCCGCGCGGACCCGGCGGCCUACGCGCCGAAGCUCGGGGGCUUCUGCGCCUUCGGCCUCACGGGCGCGGACCCGCGGAACCUCCACCCGCAGCUCGCCAAGCUCUACACGAUGCCCGUGGACCCGGACGUCUGGUGGCUCGACGGCGACGCGCUCUACACCUUCCGCGGGCCCGACGCGAUGCGCCUCUUCCUCGCGGCCGCGGACGACAACGCGAGGACCGCGGAGGCGCACUGGGCGGCCCUCGCCGUCGGGCCCCGGGCCGCCUGCGCCGGCGCGGACCUCUUCAACACGCAGUGCUUCCGCGGCGAGGCGGCGUAA